CACUUGGACUUCGGGCCGCUUCCGCGAACGCAUUAUCGAGGGCGUGCACGACCUCAGGGAGUCUGUGAUCACACACGGCUCCAGGUACCAGCCGUGGAAACGUGCGGGCAGCGUCGCGCUCGCUGAAGUGCGACACCGCGACGAGAAUCAACUCUCGAGCCCGGACGUCUCGGCAGUGCCCGCUCCCACACGACGAAGCUGCAGACAACGGCAGAGCCCUCGACGCUGAGUCGCUUCUUGCCCUGUGGAGGCCUGCUACGUCUUCGAUUAUGUAUGAUUGCUGCAAUAUACUACUUACUUGAUCCAUGAUACAUAUCCUAAGGCCCUAGUAAGAUACAUAAGUCUACAAAUCAUCGUCUCGGUUUGAUCACAAGAGGAACGUGCGGUCAACGCCAAUCCCUUCACAAUGUCGUGGCGUCUAGGUCAUUACUUCCAGCUCGAAGGUAUCUUGGGGACCACAUCGGCCCACGAGGACAGCCUGCCCUGCUCCCACUCCUCAAUAUAUGACAACCCAGCCGAAGCUCGACGGCCUUCCACCGUCUUCAGCCGCUUCUCCGCGUCGCACCAGAAAAGCACCCAGUCGCCCAUGCGAAUGUGACCCGAGCUGCGCUCGAAGUACCACUUGUUCACGGGGUUGUUCGCACGACUGCGCCACACGAGGUCCUGGCCCUCGCCCCGGCCCUCCUUCCCUCCGUUCGGGUUGACGGAGUUGGGGAGGCCAAGACCGUACGUCUCGUCGUGCAGGGCGACCCAGAGGAAGUCGACCGUACCGUCUCCCUGGUGGCUCGGAAGCACGGCGAAUUUGUCAAGGUAGGCGAUGGGCGAGAAGUUGGGCGCGUUGGGGCACGGCUCGGUGGUGACGAUAGCCGCGCCUGCAUAGUCGCCGGCUACGAUGACGAAAUCGAGGUGCUUCUCAAGGCGUUUAUAGAACGCGUCCGCAUCCAGGAUCCGGUUGAAAGACUGCUCGAGGAGCGCGGUGAGUUUCGCCUUGUCGAUGUCGGCCACGUUCUUAAUCACAGAGAUGUCCAGCCCUCGGCGGAGGAGGGUAGGGGUGUGAGGGGUCAGGCUCCGGUUUCCCUGUAACAGGGCGUGGGGCAAGCUCGAACUGAACGCAGGCUUGUUCGUGACCAAGUUCGCAAUGAGCGAGCUCGGCGCGCGGUGAUUGACCAUGAUCGCCGAGGACGUCGGGGGCAUGUACUCCAGACAUGUCCGCGCCAACGACAGGUUCGAAAGCGCCGUCGGGUGCGUCGAUUCCCAAGAGCCCUGAAAUGUGUCCUGAAUGUGAUGGUAUUCCGAUGCGAGAUUGAUGAGAAGAUGCGGGUAUCCGGAACGAGCAUAGGAUGGCACACCGCCCUCGCGGUUGAUGAUCAUCAGCCGCAACGGGGUGAGAUCAACAUCGUCCGAGAACUCCACUUGGCCGUCCGCGCUGCGCUUAUUGUGCCCGUCGAGCGCCGCAGCUUCGACCAUGCCUCGGGCCAGGGCGGCGAC